AUGACUCCGAACCUCGAUCGAAUACUCUCUCGACACUUCCUUCUCCUCGAAACUCCCCGAAACUCCCCCUACUUCGAAUCCUCUCCUCCCCGAAACCUCCCCUUUGCCGAAUCCGUUCCUCUCCUGGCUAUUAACACUGCUAUUGACGAGCACAACAAUGUCCACGGCAUGACGGCCUCGAAAAAGUCCAAGGGCGGUGGACGCCAGCAGAACGUUGCGAGCCUCAUGACCGGCAUCCCACAUAGGAUACGGCCAGGGUCGGGGAUCAGAGUGCCAUGUUGGAAGCUUACCGUUAUACAAAGGAGCACAGCAGCACCGGCGAAGUCGAGUUCUACAUGGUCACUCUCAAUGCCUCUCAAUACGGGGCGGUUUGCUCAGGGUCGACGUGCGGGAAUGACCAUCACGGACGUGGGGCUCGGCGGGUACGGUGCGGGGGGCCCAUUCUGGAUUGAAUCGCUUCCCCUGGGAUGGAAGAGUUGCUUGGAAGUCAAGCUGAGGAGGCACGAGGGUGCAACAGGCCAGCAGGGACAAAUGGUGCUCGAUCCUGCACGCGAUGUUUCUGGUGGCCAUAAAGAGCCCCAGUAG